CCCCUAUGUACAACAACAACAACUUUGAAAGCAACAACAACAACAAAAAUGGCUGCUAGGACAGUUUGGCAGCAUUGUGGGCGCAUACAGCCGAUGCUAUGCCAGUUGUCACGGCAACCAGCAGCUGUUGCAAGUGCUCCAUCACGUGAUCUAUAUACAAUAAAUAAACAGAAUGAAAAAGACAAAGAGGAGAAGAGUCUGAUGGUAAUACCAAACAGAGGAGCUAUGUCGCCUCCAGAUGUUAAAUUGAAACCAUUCUCACCAUUUCCUGCGAAAUUCAGUGACAAUAAAUUAGAUUUUGCCCUAGCUAAAGUUGAUGAUCUUGUUAACUGGUCAAGAAAGUAUUCUUUAUGGCCGCUGUCCUUUGGAUUGGCAUGCUGUGCUGUAGAAAUGAUGCACUUUGCUGCACCACGUUAUGACAUGGAUCGUCUUGGUGUCGUAUUUCGAGCCACUCCACGACAGGCUGACUGUAUUAUUGUGGCUGGAACGGUCACUAACAAAAUGGCACCAGCUUUGAGAAGAAUAUAUGAUCAGUUGCUGCCACCGAAAUGGGUGAUUUCUAUGGGAAGCUGUGCCAAUGGUGGUGGCUACUACCACUAUUCUUACUCAGUGUUGCGGGGCUGUGAUAGAGUUAUACCUGUUGAUAUAUAUGUACCAGGCUGUCCACCAUCAGCAGAGGCUCUCACAUACGGAAUCUUACAGUUACAGAAGAAGAUGAAAUAUAUGAAUAAGACACAAUCAUAUUUCCGAAAAUAAUUUUGCAACUUCUUCAAACUAAACUUUAUUCCACCUUUGAUACUCUGAUAGGAUAUAGUGAUGAGAAACCUAUAAACUAGUGAGAAUUAUUACUCGUCUUUGUUACAAGACAUAUAACCAGCAUGCU